ACACGGUUUUCGCGGCUUCUUCGCGGCUUCUGUAGAAUCCGUAGAAUCAUUCAAGAUAAAAGGCUGUCAACCCCAAUGCAUCUGUUUCCUUAUUUUUUUUUUCCCCUCCACCUCCAACAUCGAGACUGACGCUUCUAACAAGAAUGUCUUUAUCAGCGGAAGCAGUUAUAGGCCUACUCGCUUUAUUGGUCGCCUGCGUUCCUGGGGUGUGUUGGAUAGUCCGACACAUCCGACACCAAAGACGGCCAAGCCAGAACCGUCAUGAGAACCCCGAAACUCACCAAAGCAAUCUUCAUUCCCUCCGUCCCAGUGAAUCUUCUCCUCCGACUCAAUCGGUAACCGGUCGAUCAUUUUAUCGGCAAUCAAACCGUACCUCUCAGCCGAAUCUUGUCGAGCUUCUGCAGACUUUUUUCUCCCAGAACCGCGCCCCCAAUCACGAUCUAGAAUCCGGGAUCCUGUUAUACGCCCGAACCUUCUACUCAGAUCGGUUUGAAUAUAUGGAGCCGUUGAUGGGGACUAGUACCGCGACUGGCGGUGCCGAACAUACAGGCCAGCACGAGCAAGUCCAAAGUGCCUGGGAGAACGGACGCCAAACUCUUAACGCACCACAGUGAUCAUUACUACUAUCGCACCCCUCAUCAGCGGAUACUCCGAGCUCCACUGUGGCCUAUCUUCCUACCACUCGUCAAUAAUAGAUCGAUUGGCCUGGUUCUCAAGCCUGACAGAUCUCUCUUGUCCAACCUUCUUGCGAAACUGUGGUGGCAUUCACUAUUAUCGGCG